UUUACAGCCGAGAUUGUGGACAGCUUAGCUUUAGUUUGUCUUGGUAUGGUUUCAAAGGCUGUCGUAAUCCAACUGAAAUGGCAUCAUAAAAACCGCCGCUAAUAGGUUUUCGGAAUAAUAAACGUUGCCGGCAUGUUUGAGAAGCAAAAAAAGCAUACUUGAAACGCUUUAAUAUAUGACAAUCAACAGAAAGAGUACUCAAUGCAAGUCAACAUUUCAAACGGUGUAAAACUUUUUCCAGUACCCCCUCUAUCUCCCUUACACUUUACUGCUUUUCCGGGCAAUUGUUUGAAAAAUGUCAGAUACAGUUAGAAAUGAUAUAAGCACAGAAUCCAUCUGCACUGUUAUUGAAAAUAGCAUUGAGAGUAGCAUUGAUAAUAAGUUAGCGAAUCAAAAAUUGAAAAUUGAGAAUGAAUUAAAUGGUACAAGCGAUUGCGCAAAAGAUAUACAAACGUCAGAAGCCAAAAAGGACAACCAUACAAACGGUUUCAAUACCGAAGACUCUAGUGACCACUGUAACGAGUCUGCUGUAAGUAAUUGUGACACUUCGACAGAUCAGUCGACUUUGAGUAAGACACGGGACAUAAACUCAAAAGCACGCUCCAAGCUAAAGAAAUCUGUUUCUUUUGAUCCUGCUGAUGAGAAAAUUAAAAAGUUUAUAGCCGGAGAUCCAAUCGUUGAUCAACAGAAUCCUUUUAAAAAUCAUUUCAACACUAAUGGUUCCUUAAAAAAAAAAAAAGUACCACCACCAGUGCCAACAAAGCGUUCCACACUUAGUAUACGAAAAACUGUAACACAACAAUUACGUGAGAGAGAACGUGAAAAGGAGAAAGAACGUGAACGACUUAAAAACGAAACCAAUAAUCGCAAAUCUAGCACAAACAAUCAGAACGGUACUUUAUCUUCACCGGAUGAAUUUGUAACAACUGAAGAGGUGCUCAGACAAUCAAAAUAUGUUAAGACAUAUAUAAAAAACCCUGAUCCAUAUUUUGUGUAUGAUCCUACAGUAUUAGCCCGCAUUAAGUUUGAAGAAUUACGUGAGCUUUCUGAGAAGAAGCCACCUAAGAAGCUCAAGUUAACAACACAAACGAGAGAACGCCUUAAGGACUUAAAAAAUAAACAACCAAUAGAUACGAAGCCAUCGAGUCUUUUGCCUUUCAAAAAGUGUUCAAAACCAAAUUAUCCCGAACUCUCAGAUAUUAAAGUAAAAGUUGGCACCGAACCAGACGGGAACUACUUCAAUCCAGCGGAAGUAACAAAGAAUGCUAAAAAAUUUGAUGAACGUGUCAAAAAGUUGCACAUAAGCUCGGAUGAUGAUUUAGAUGAAAUCGACGAGCCUUUAACUAAAAGCGAGUCAAGUGACGAAGUUGUUAUUAAUGGUAGUGACAAACAUCAGGAUUCAAUUGAUACAAUUAAUGAAAUAGCAUCAGAAAGAAACGCAAUGAAUGCUGAGAGCUCUAGCAGACAACCAGCCGAUGGCACUUUCACCAACACCAUAAGUUCAAAAGAAUUUCAGAAUUAUCUUGAUAAGAAGGGUCUUACACUUAUUCCUAGAAAAGUACCUAAUGGCGCUCAACCACUUUAUGGUGACCAACAGUAUAAAUCCGGUAAUCACAUAACAUUUAAAGCACCAGAACGCGUGCAAAUUUCGUUGGAUACUGUGGACUUAGCAAAGAAUUCCAAAAAGCCUUCAGUAUUUCAACGUUUGUUGUCCAAUAGCAUAUUUGCGUCAAGGCGUAAAACAACACCCAAAGAAACAGUUCCUAACCCAAGACGUUUAUAUGAUGCUUAUGAUCGACCAAAAGAAAAUGGCAAUGUAAGAAAUGCACAACCCAUUAAGCGUGUAGUACUGGAACGACAGAGUUUUCAUGGACGACCACGUGUAGGUAAUCUCCUAAGUGCCUCAGAAACGAAUGAGCUUAAACAGCAAACGGAGCGAAUGCGAAAAAGUUUUGCAAGUGGCGAUGAUUUAUCACUUUCCAUAUCAAGUGCUUUAACUAAUGCUGAAUAUGCUAAUGAACCAGACUCAAGAUCAUUUAGUCCUUUACAAGUCUUGGAAGCACAGCAUAAACCUGAAAUACUAGCUAAACCAAUUGUAAAACCGCCAAGACGUACAUUGUCCAGAGAUCGUUUGAGCAACAUGCAGUCCUUAAAACAACCUGAACUUCAAAAUUCUACGAAACUGAAAUCAAAGACGCCGCAAGGUCAAGUUGGAUACCACAACUCCUUGUCCUUGCCCAAAGCUGUGUCAACGUCAUUUGAAAAGCCAUCAAAUGCAGAUGGGCAACAUUUCAGACGUACUAUGGAACGUCAAAGUCUUAUACCAAAACGAUCUACACAGCUUAAUGAUAAGCAACAACUUUUUGGGCGUUCGUCUUCAAUGGAUCGCAAUGAAAUUUUAAAACGCAGCACAAAUCGUGGCUUGCAAAACAGAUCAAAAAGUGCAAAUGAAACUAGAGCAUCAAAAGUGUUAACAUCGUCUGGUGACAAUUUACUGGCAGAAUUUAGUUCGCCUAAUGGUCCAACAUUGACUUCAACUCCUAUAAGAGCUGUUCGCACUUCUAAUAGUAACAUAAAUGUAAAUCCUCUACCUACAAAAAAUAGCAUUCGACCGCAAAAUGGUGUUUAUGUAGAUCAAAGUGAGUGGGAGAAACUAAGGGCUAUAAAGGAACAAAUGGAUCGAGAACUUUAUAACAGAGUACUACAACAGCAACAGCAACAGCAUCAACAACAACUGCAAGUACAACAGCAACUGCAACAAUGCUCCGAUGUGGAAAAUAUUUAUGAACGACUUCCAUCUAAAGAAGUGUUGGUUCCUCCAUCCAUUCAAGCAUCCAAUUACCAACAAUCUCAACAUGAUAGUAAUUUUGUACGUAGUUCUCCACAGCGCAACACCUUUUCUGGUGUGAUUCGUAAUCGACAAACUAAAAUUAUAGAUGGUAGAACCAUUUUCACACCAGACCAAAAACAAGUUUUACAACCCGUUGCACUAAAUGGAAAUCCAUUACCCGAAACAACACCACGCAGUCAAAGCGUAUUAGAUGGCAUGAUACAAGGAUCGCGAAGUGGUUUUAGACGUGGCUAUGAAAGUGAUACAGACACAUCAGUAAUAUUAAGACGCAAAAAUAUGCCUGAAAACAUAGCACCCCCAAGACGUAUUGGUGGAAUUUUAACCAGAGAGGAAAUAUUACAGAAGGUUAAGGAAUUUUGUCGUAAAUCUUUAAAUAAAACUCCUACAAAUCAAUCUCAAAUACAAACUAUAUACGAAAAACAGCCGCUUGGUAUCGACCUUUCUCCUGUGUCUUAUGCAUCCGUAGAAACCCAUCAAAGACCUGGCUCGCGAAUGUAUGCAGCACCACAGGUUCCGCAACGGAUGCAAAGUUUACCACAGCAAUUUAUACCCAUCACACGUGAGGUGUUAACUGAAGAAAAUGCUACGAAUUCUCCAAUCUAUGCACAUGUCAUAAAACGUAGCAGUUUACAGUCCAAUCAUUCCGAAUUGUACGACAGUCCACAGCGACCAUAUUUAAUUCGGCGAGAAAGCGAUACGCAACCAUUUUAUGUGCGCAGAGGAACUUUGCAACGAACGGAAAACAAUUUGAUGCCAACGCAGUAUGUUAUUGUAGACAACGAAAAGAUAUCAUCUAAUCAAUUGCUUAGUUAUUACAGUGCGGAUUACUAUGCACAGCCACAGUAUGUGAGACCGAAUCAGUUGCAGCAAAUACCUGGUUCAUAUGGUUACAUUACGGUGCAAGAACCCGUUACACAUCAAUUACGUCCCCGUUUGCAGGAUGGUCGCAGUACUCCUUUAAUACUUGAUCGCUCAAGUCAACAAGCGAGUCAAAGCCAAAUAUAUUGGACACCACAACAUCAACGACUACAGCAGCAUGCCGAACUAUUACCAGUACAGAUUAGUCCGCGUUACAUGCCCAAGCAGCAGUCGUAUUUGGUGCCUGUGGCAGUACCUGCCAAAAGACCAGACGAAAUAUUGCGUGCGAAACAGUUAAAUGGAACUUCAAACACAAACAUUCCUGCAAUUCAACAAUUUACUCCAAUAAUACACAACAGUACACCCACCACACUGGCACAACAAUCAGUUAUGCAUGCACGACAAACAUCCCUUCCAGUUGCUCAACCAUUGCAUAAUGUAAACAAUUCCUAUGAAUGGGAGAGUGGUUCAGAAGCAGGUGAGGUGCAGAGUAUUUUGGAACGACAGAAAAAUAGUGAUAUAAAGUGUUAGAUACAGUAUGAGUAACGAAGAAGCAAGCCCCUCAAAAAACUACCCACCCACACCCAGUAGUAAUGAUGAAGCGAUUACGACGAGUUCCGAAU